AUGAAAGCGGCCCAGCUAAGCAGGAUCGAUGUAAGCGUGGAGAAGUAUAUAGAUCGAAUUUGGGAUUUAACACAUUCCAAAAAAUAUCAAAAAACGGGCAGAUCAGAGUUGAAGGAAAUACUGAGACGAGACAGUAAAGAACAAUUUUAUAAAUACGUGGAUACGGUAUUUACUGCCCAUCUUAAAUAUCGACAUGGCUACGAUACGAAUGCUCCAUGUUGGGAUUUCAUUACUUCUUUUUUCUUUACGGCAACGAUGCUCACUUCACUCCCACCGGAUGCUAUCCCAGGACAGGUGCAUGAUUUUAUUGUUCUUAGCAACACCUGCUUGUUUUGA